AUGAUCAAUCAAUCAAGGAGCUCCAACAGGGAGUCUUCUUCGGUGAUUGCUACGAAAAUUGCAGCGAGAUCAUCUUUCUGUAACGAUGUCAUGCUUGAAAGGAAGAACUCGGGAAAAUACCUUCCUCCUUUACAGAACGCCUCCGAAAUAUUCGGAAAUGUGGGGGGUAGGGUUGUCCAAAUGGUGCGAAAAAUGGAAAGACGAGUUCCUGAACGAAAGCCACCUCUUGCUGAACCAGAGAACAUGGAAGAAGAUGAUGUUAAAAAACCUACUCGUAGAAAAUAUAAAGGGAGCAUGACGAGUUCAAAUUUUCUUCAUAAUUUCUUCUCCUCUCAUAAAAAAGACGAUGAUUAUCUCAAGAGCGAUCUGCCAAAAGUUGUAGCUUUGACUGGAUCCACCGACGGGGACCCUAUCAUAAUGCGUGAAAAGCAAUUAGCACGGAGCUCGACGGAGUCAAAAUUAAGAAGAACAUCUUCACAUCUAUUAUCUCUAAGCUUAGCGAAUCGUCUUAAAAAGCGACAAUCGGAGGGCGAAAUCACCAGCGAGCCUAGGAAGAACAAGCGGCUGUUCGUUGGGUUUCCGGACAAGUCCUGUCCCUCUGAAGACUCAGAGUUGAACCAAUCUCGACUUCGUCAUUCUUUUAUUGACUUCCCUGCUAAUAAUCAAUUUAAAGACGAAAAGCAGAUUGCUCUGCGACCACUGGCUCCUCGACGAAGUGAUCGUUCUAUUCCUUCAUUGGUUGUUCAAAGAAAAGUAUCACCAGGACCUCAGUCUGUGAAUGACAUCCGGCCACAUAGUGCAUUCGGUGCUGUUCCGCUUAUGCGAUCUGAUCGCAGGAUGAUCAUGUCAACUCCUUCAAGACCAUUGAGUCGAACGAUGACUAUGAUUGAGAGUAAAAUUUUACCUCCAUUGUAUGAGAACAGUACUGAGGUGCCAACAGCCGAGAAUACUGUGAAGAGUCGACGUAGUGCUCGUCGUUAUAUGGGAAGCCAUACCACGAGCACCUAUCAAGGACAGAAAGAUACCGCUCCUGAUGCGACACCAAGAAGACAUUUAAUAGGCUUCUUACAUCGAACUAGUCAUCUAUCCUUGACAAGUGAAUUGAGUGGAAAUGCUUCUUUUUAUCUGAUUGGUCACCGUGGUAGGAGGUUUGAAGACACUCUGGGCUCGGAAAGCGACCAUCGUCUUUUCUCGGAUGAGGAUGAUAGAGGAUCGACUACGACGGAUAUAACUUCCGUUUCUCGACAACAUGAUAGUACAUAUAGGAAACGUAGAAGUCGACGACAAUACAGAAGGCCUUCAAGAGCUUCUUCUUUCUCCAGCAUAACAGAAUCUUCUAUGAGCUUAGAUGUAAUAACGGUGACUUUAAAUAUGGAUACGGUGAAUUUUCUGGGGAUUUCUAUAGUUGGUGAAAGUUCCGCCAGGGGAGAUAAUGGAAUUUACGUUGCGAAUAUUAUGAAAGGGGGUGCUGUAGCGUUGGAUGGACGCAUAGAAGCUGGUGAUAUGAUUCUUCAAGUUAAUGAUAUAUCUUUUGAGAAUUUCACGAAUGAUCAAGCUGUAGAUGUACUAAGAGAUGCUGUCGCACGCAAAGGUCCCAUAAAGCUUACAGUUGCUAAAUGCUUCGAGAACGGCCCUAAAAGUUGUUUCACGAUUCCAAGAAAUCAUCGUGAUGAGCCGGUUAGGCCAAUAGAUACUCAAGCGUGGAUUCAACAUACAAAUGCUAUGAGGGGCAUGCCAUGUAUAAUGGAAGGUUCGGAAGGAGCACCAACUCCCAUCCCUGGAGAAUGGCAGCAUGGCCGACCUCCAAGUAGCUCCACUGUGACAUCAAAUGGCUCGAAUGGUCAAAAUACCAUAGUUAAUGGACAGCAUAAGUUAAAUAUUCAUACGGAUAAGAAAAAGAUUGUCGAGGUGAUGUCGUUAGCAGGAUCUGGAUUGGAUAUUAAAGAUAGGACGUGGCUGAAAAUACCUAUACCGAUGUCAUUCUUAGGAUCCGAUCUGGUUGAUUGGCUUCUAGAACAUGUCGAUGGUCUGCGCGAAAGAAAAAAUGCUCGAAAAUUCGCUGGCGAUUUAUUGAAGCAAAAGCUGAUCUCUCAUGUUGUAAAUCAAAUAACUUUCAUUGAGCAAAGGUAUUAUGUGUUAGGACCUGAAUGUUCUGAUUUUGCACGUUACCGAUCUCACCCGGAGGACCUUCAAACAGUUCACCAACAACAUCAAACUGUAGGCCGAUGGCAGUGGACAACUGGUCCCAGUUCUAAAACAGGGCAAACCCCAUCAAUGCAUUUUCGCACCACUUAA